UACUCAUGUCUGGUUGUUUACAAUCUCUCCGGCUAAACAUGGCCGUUUACAAACUCACUCAUGCUAGAUAGAACUCGAUAACUCUUUGGUUUUUGAAUCUUGCGUGUCUUAAUUUUCCAAACAAGCGUCUGCUAAACUAUAUAUUUAUUUUUCGGAUUUUUACCUCGUCGCUGGUUUGUUUUUUUAUCUCUUCUUUCUUCGUUAGCCGCUGAAGCUAAGUAGCGAGCUAAGCUCUCCAUAGGGAACAAUGACAGCGACUUCUGCAGGUAGCAGCAGCUGUCUCACCGCAAAAGGACUAGACAUAAGUCUGGCAGCUUUGCAACGACAAGACCCAUACAUCAACAACAUUGUGGACGUUGCCAGUCAAGUUGCUCUGUAUACGUAUAACAACAGAGGAAACGAGUGGGAGAAGACAGAGGUGGAAGGCACCCUUUUUAUCUACACAAGACUGGCAUCUCCCAGGCAUGGUUUCACCAUCAUGAACAGACUCAGUAUGGAGAACUUGACUGAGCCAAUCACCAAAGACCUGGACUUCCAGCUCCAGCACCCCUUCCUGCUUUAUCGCAACGCCCGAUUGGUUAUCCAUGGGAUUUGGUUCUACGAUAAGGAGGACUGUCAACGCAUUGCCCAGGGGAUGAAGAUUCUGACCCAGCAGGAGCAGGCCCUGGCUCAGUGUCAGGGUGGAUGGUUGUCCCCAGGAGGAGGAGGCGGAGUACUUGGUUUAGGGGGAGGCGGAGUACUUGGUUUCGGAGGAGGCGGAGUACUUGGUUUAGGAGGAGGCGGAGUACUUGGUUUAGGAGGAGGUAGUGAAGCGAAGGGAGUGGACAUCAUCCAGAUGUUGACCAAAGCACGCACAGAAUAUGACAAGGGGCAGUCUACAUCAGAGCCUAAAGAGAUUGGUGGAAGCAGUGUUCUUUCUGGAAACCCAAACCUGAUCAAACCAAUACCUGUUAAACCAAACGCUCAGGACACUGAAGGUGCUGAGCCUAAGCCUCUCUCUCUGGCCACUCUUUUUGGCUCCCAACAGCCACCCAAACCCCAGCCAGUCUCUCCUUUAGCUGCCCCUGGAGUUGGGACGGGGUCACCAUCAACAGGAAAAGUCUCUCGCCCACCUGUAGCCCGCGCGCUAACAUACGAGGAAACGCUGAACUCUGGAAGAGGUGUCACCUCCAGUCAGGGGAAUGUGGUCAUGCCUGGGGCUGUGAUUGGAGGACAAACAGUUGGUGAAGAUGCAGGACAUGUUGUUGCGCUGCAGCAGCAGGAGCAGCCUCAGCACUGCCCAGCCAUCCAGAAGCUCAUGCAGGGACAGAGAGGGGUCGGAGGGGUGCUUCAGACGUUGUCAGAGUCCCCCGAGAACCGGCUUUGUGACAAUGGGAUUUCUCUGGAGCAUCACCACCACCAUCACCAUCUGAUCCACCAUCACCAGCAGCACCAUCUUCCGCAGCACCAUCAUCAUCAUCCCCAGCAACAGCAGCUUCAACCUGACCCAAUCAAGAGACUUUUUCAAACACAGCCUCCUCCUCAAACCUCUUCCUCCUUCGCCUCUGCUGCACCGCCACUGAGUUGCUCCCACCUUCCUCCUCCUCCUCCUCUGCAGCAGAACCCCCGUUUCUCUUCCCAUCCUGUAAUGGUGGACUCUGUGACGUGGUCCCACCUUCAUGGGCAACAAAGCCAGCAGCAUUUUGUCAGCUUGCCUAAGCCUCAACCGGAGGCGCAGCACAUCAGCCAAUCAGCUCCAGCUGUACAGGGAACAGGUGUGCUUCCAACUCAGGUGACCAAUGACCAAGUCCUCCAACAUCCACAAGCUCUGUCUUCCCAGAUGUCCGGUGUGGUGUCGCCUCACGAGCUCCUCCAAAAGCUCCAGCUGGUCCAACAAGAGCAAAGCCUGGCCCCCCAUGAUCCCCCUCGACUGGGACCAGGACUGGCCCCGCGAUUUCUGGGGCCAAGUCAAGGUCAAGGCGCCGGCUCUGUCGUACCCACUGCAGGUCAAAAGGCUGCACUGCAGUUUCAGGUCAUUUCUCCCCAGCGGAUACCAGCCACUGUGGCCCCCGACAUGCUCCUCUCUCCCAGUGUGUUCACUCAGGCAAAGUCUAUUGGUGGCAUGUCAGCAAAUGCCCCUUCAACCCUAUCCAGAGUUCUGACAAAAAGCCAGCUUCAAGCCUCACUGCUGCAUCUGAUCCAGACCGACAGCUCAUUCCUGGACACCAUCUAUGAAGCCUACGUUAGCCGCUGUGCUAACGACAGCAGCACUAAGUACUGAUGACUCUUUACACCCUCUGUCUAAACUCACACCAUAUCCAGAGAACGCUUGUUCUUACACUUCACGUGGAUGGACCACUUUCUGCUCUGACUAUCACUUACCAGUGUCACCAGUGAUUCUUCUCUGCACUAUUGUUUUCUUCACUUUAUAUCCAAUCUCUCUGGAUGCAACAAAGCCAAUUUUUUUUCAAAAUGUACAAAUGUGUUUGUUUCCAUUUCCAUUUAAUUUUGACACUUCUCCCAGAAGAAAAAGUUCUUUACCUUUCUUUUAAACGUCUCAUAACCAAACUAUCUGGACCUCAGUGAAGAAAACUAUAUGCAGCAACCUUUUAUUCCCGAGGUGUUUUGAAUUUCAUAUAAAGUGCGGCAGAGUGAUACUGAAAUGUAUUUUCUGAAAUCUUGACUGCGUUGUCUUACACAGGUCAGUGUGUGGAUUUGUCUUCCCUUGAAGGAUACACUCAAACAAACUUGAAACUUCCGUCACUCAUACAAUGAAGUGUAAAAACAUGUUGAACGUGUUUUAUUUGGAAAACUGAGAGUUUUGUUUUAUCUUCAUUUUAAAAACUCUUUUAAAUUAAGUUCUUACUACUUUGCUUUCUUAAGAAAGUAUGUUUACUAUCCAAACUAUCCAAAGUUCUUUAUCAAAUUGAUACCUUGUCUCUUUCUUUCUCAAAAUGUUGUAACAUUAAGAGGGUUUUGUGUGACAUGGUAUCCAUUAAGAAACAAAUACGCAAAUACACUUCCUCACAGAGAGAUAGUCCUGAGGCGUGUCUGUGUUUUUACUUUUGUAAAAUGACAUGAUUGGACAGUUUUAAUUGUUAGAUAAUCCAGUCAGAUUUUCCUCUUUCUGUUUUUGUUCUUACAGCAAAUAUCACCAACAACCUGACAUAUCACUCAAGCCAUUACCAUUUAGCAACUUAGCAACUCAAAGUGUUGUGAUUUUUCAUUUGAAAAUAGAAAAGUAUCAAGUAAAAAAAAAAACAGGAAUAAAAAAACUCAUUGAUGGUAAAUCUAGUUUAAGAAACGACUGCUCGGUUGAAUGAAGAUAUAAAGCAUCAAAAGUUUUAUAAAUAUAUCUAAUAUUGAUUGUUUGGAGUUAACAGGCGUGUUGAAGCCAGUACAGUAAUAAAUACAUUUUAAAAGUAUCGUUGCACUGCAUAUGUUCUAUUAGAUUUCCACCCAGUCUCCCCCUUUCUAGGUGGAGUCGAUCGAGAAAAAGUGCUAAGUAGCUUUUUGUUUAGCUCCUUUGCUAAACUCAUUUGUAUGCAGACUUUAUAGUAGCGAGCAAAAACUACACAAAAACAGCAGCAACAAAAAAACUAUAACAGAGUAUUUUUUUUCUAUUUUUGUACUGAAGAAGCAAAAUGUAUUGUUCUCAUGGUACAAAGGAACAGUAUGUUUUGUUCCAAUUAGAUGUACAGCUAAAAUAUGAACAGAAACAAAGUCUUAUACAACAUAUCUACAGUUAUUUUUUUAAUGACUUUUCCUUAUUUUCAUUCAACACACGUCAAACAUAUUUUUUAAACAUUGCCAUUAAAGAAAAUAGAAUGUCAAAUACAUUUUUACACAAUUUCUUUAUUUGUCACAGAUGUUUUCCUCUUACAUAAACGGGAUUAUAUUUGAAUUGGAUAUUAAAUGUUCUUAAACCUC